UGUUACAAAUACUUCCGGGUAUGUAACGGAAAGGGCGAGCCAGGAGAGCCGGACAGACAGGGAGCCGUCCCGGAGCCCCGGAGGGAUUCGAUCUAGAAUAGAAAGCCUUGUGAAGGAUUUGUGAUGGAAAAGUGAGCUGCUCUCAUAUUUAUUGUACCUCGUCUUUCUGUGUUUUAUUGACGACCAGGGAACCCAACCACAGGGCACGACGACCAUCAUCAUCAUCUCACAAUUAUGCGUUUAGCAGGUCCUAUACGUAUUAUUGUGGUCCUUCUCACCGUGGGUCUGACAUGGAUACUGGCUGGAGUUAUGUUGGGGACACAAACCGGCUUCCCGCGGAUUCAGCAGCUUCUUGGUGGUCCUGACGUGAGUACAACAGUAGACCCCCGUCCAAGAAGGUAUAAGUGUGGACUUCACCAGCCCUGCCCCGAAAAGCACUUCGCAUUUCGAAUAACUAGUGGAGCUGCAAAUGUCAUCGGACCCAAGAUUUGCCUGGAAGAUCAAAUGUUGAUGAGCAGCAUCCGUAAUAACGUGGGUCGUGGUCUAAACGUGGCUCUUGUAAAUGGAGUAAAUGGAGAACUUAUAGAGGCCAAAUCAUUUGACAUGUGGGAUGGAGAUGUAUCUAACCUCCUGAGUUUCCUGCGACCAAUACACGAAGGGACUUUGGUGCUAAUAGCCUCUUAUGAUGAUCCAGCCACAAAGAUGAACGAAGAUGCCAGGAAAAUGUUAGCAGAGCUCGGUAGCUCUUCAAUUAAAGAUGUGGGAUUCAGAGACAGCUGGGUCUUCGUGGGAGCAAAAGGCAUACAGGAUAAAAGUCCAUUUGAACAGCUAAUCAAGAACAAUAAAAACAGCAACAAGUAUGAAGGUUGGCCAGAGGCCGUAGAGUUGGAGGGCUGCAUUCCCCAGCGCACUUUGGAUGCCGACUGACAAACGACCGAGGAAAAAAUGCAUCUACAUCAAAGAUCACCCUAGAUAUAUAUAGCAUAUAUUGGACUUGCUGUCGUGGGUGCAUUGGUGUGUGUGGGUCGUUUUCUGCACCUUUUCGACUCUUGACAUGUAUUGUCCGAAUACAGACCUGUGAUCUCUUUCAACAUUGCCUUUUUCUCUCCCAUCUGUUGGACACUUGUGGUCACAUACCAAUGAGGAUACCAUUUGAGAUAUGUUAUCUUCUAAAUCAAACACUGACUCAUCUUGGCUUUUCGCUGGACUCCUAAGGAUUGCAGAAUCCAAAUUUAAAAAAAAACUUUACUGACAAAUUCACAACUAUAAUAUUUAAGCUGUACCCCACCCACUUACAAUCAAGGGGACAUUGAGUAUUGUUCUCUGUUUGCAGAUCCACAUCUGAGACCAAGCUUUAAUAUUUCUUCAACUUCAAAAGGAACAUCAAAAUAUAUAUAUAAAUUUUUUUCAGUGAAUCAUUUUUUUUUAUCAGAGAGCUCCGAAAAACGUAAUUCCCCGUUUUUGUUUUUAACAAAAGGCAUUGCAUAUGGAGAUCAAUUUCUCUCUGUUUGGAAAAAAAAUGAUAUUGAGGUUAAAUUCUUAAUUUUGUGGAUUUUCUUCUUUCUUGUUUUUUUUUUUUUUUUUUUUUUUUUUAUAGAUCUCACCAAAGAACUUAAAAACAUGGACAGAGAAAAUAUACACAUGCUUAUAAUUAUUGUAGAGUGCAUUGUUAUAUUCCUGAUGAGGUCAAGCAGUGUUUGUGUGACUCAGUGGGAGCGGAGCAGUGCUUGUGUGCUGCUGCAAAUGAUCUGACUCAAAGAGAAAGGGGUGUGUGCAUUAAUUAUAAGCGAGAAUGGUUCGUGUACGAAAACUGGUUAUUGAAAAGGCUGAAGGUACUUUCCCAAUCAUGAAUUUUUAACAAGGUUAAAACAAUGUCAGUUGUACUGUCCAAUAAAUAAUUUAAUUGACAAAGAAUUAUUUAACUUUUAAUGUCUUUACAAAAUAAAAUUUAUCUUUUGAAAUUUU